UCUUACCCCAGCAGGAAAAAGUGCCGUGUCCAGAGUCCCCGCUCCCAAUUCUGAGGGUCCACAUAAGUGUUCGGAGCAUGUGUACACUUCACACCAUCUGCCGAAGGGGAAGAGAUGGAUUCAUCUUUUCCUAAAAACCCCACGAAUCCUCUGCUUGAGAGUCUGCUACAGGAACCAUACGAUACACUAGACUCAAGAUCACAGAAGCAACCGACUGGAAAUGUUGCGAGAACUAGGCGAAGCUGUCUCGGCGCAUAUUCCCCAUCUUCUAGCCGCCACCUUCAUCCUAUACUUCGUCUUCCAGCGGUACCAGAAGAACCUGAGCAAAUAUCCAGGUCCCUUCCUUGCUUCCCUAACGAACAACUGGCGUCUUCUCGACGUCUGGGGCCGGGAUACGCACUUCACCUACCGCAAGCUUCAUGACAAAUAUGGCAGCGUUGUGCGGGUCGGGCCGAAUGUGUUGUCUUUCGCCGAUCCGGCCGCCAUUCCCGACAUAUACGGCUUGAACAAGGGAUACACAAAGAGCGGAUAUUACGACGUCUUUGCCACUUUGAACAAGGGCAACAGUGUGUAUAAUCUCUUCUCCACAAGGUCCGAGCAAUUCCAUGCCCGAUUCCGACGGUCAGUCAACCACGCCUUCGCGCUCUCGACUCUCCUCGACUACGAGCCGCUAGUGGACAGUUGUACUUCCUUCUUCCUCCGGCGAACCGAAGAGCUCUUCGCUACCACAGGGCAGCCAUGCUCGUUCUCCCAGUGGAUGCAGUUCUUUGCCUUCGACGUGAUCGGUGAGAUCACAUGGUCGAGACGCCUUGGCUUUGUGGAAGAGAACCACGACAUCUCGGACAUCAUCGCGACGGUCGACUCCUUCCAGAACUACGGCACCGUCAUCGGGCAGAACCCCUGGCUGGAUCGCAUCCUCAUCAAGAAUCCUGUCAAGCUGUUCCUCGAAUCUAAAGGUCUCUGGCCAUCGGGUCCCAACGCCGCCAUCGUCCGAUUUGCUCUGGACCGACAGCGGGAACACAGCAAGCGGGCCGCGGAUGACCUGGAGAGGAGCGGGGAGAACACUGGCAAGCGCGGCGUCAACUUCCUCCAACGGUUCCUCCAGUCCCAGGAGAAGAGUCCAGAGUUCCUCACUGAUAACCGUAUCACCGCUAUGUGCGCCUCGUUGAUCAUCGCCGGGUCCGACAGCACGGCCAUCAGCUUAUCUAGUGUCUUCUACUACCUGUUGCAGAACCCCCGUGUGUACCAGAAGCUGAUGGUCGAGAUUGACGCGGCUGACGCAGCCGGCGAACUAGCGUCUUCGGAGGACACCACGGGCGCAGGCGACGUCGUCCCGUUCUCCGCUGCGAAGAAGCUGACCUAUCUCGACGCUGUCAUCAACGAGUCCUUCCGCAUGCACCCUGCUGUGGGAUUGCUUCUAGAGAGGGUCACGCCUCCCGGAGGCGCCACUAUAUGUGGAGAGUACGUGCCGGGCGGCACAGUUGUUGGGUGUAACGCCUGGGUCGUGCAUCAGAACAAGGGAGUCUUUGGCGAGGACGCAGAUGUCUACCGGCCAGAGCGCUGGCUAGAGAGCGAGGGCGCGGAUACUAUCCAGCUUUCUAGAAUGAGGCAAAGUAUGUUCCAGUUCGGCGCCGGGGCGAGGACCUGCAUCGGAAAAAACAUCAGCCUCAUGGAGACAUACAAGAUGAUACCGACAUUUCUGAGGAAAUUCGAGAUUGAAAUGGCAGCGUCAGAAGAGCCCAUGUUCUUGAAGAAUGCUUUCUUUGUGCACCGUAAAAACUUCAACGUACAUCUCAAGCCUAGGGGAACUAAGACAGGGUAGCUGUGAGAUACCUCUCAUGCACUAUUAGGAAAUAAAUUCUAGUAAAACUAAGGCGCUACUACUUCCU